ACUCCGUUUCCCUUCUCCCAAUGGCGGGCGGCGGUCCCCUUCCCGGCAGCCUCCCUCGGGUAGAGAGCGCGUCAUUUCCGGUGGGGAAGGCCCGCGGCUGCCGCCGCCAUUUCGGGCGCUGCUGGGAGGCUUACACCGGAGCCGGUCCGCUGGGCGGCGGGCGCCAGGGCUGGAGGGGCGCGCGUGCCGGCGGCGGCCCAGCGUGAAGGCGCGGAGGCGGCCAUGGCAGGCAACUUCGACUCGGAGGAGCGGAGUAGCUGGUACUGGGGCCGCUUGAGCCGGCAGGAGGCGGUGGCGCUAUUGCAGGGCCAGCGGCACGGGGUUUUCCUGGUGCGGGACUCGAGCACCAGCCCCGGGGACUAUGUGCUCAGCGUCUCCGAAAACUCGCGCGUCUCCCACUACAUCAUCAACAGCAGCGGCCCGCGCCCUCCAGUGCCUCCGUCGCCCGCUCAGCCUCCGCCGGGAGUGAGUCCCUCCAGGCUCCGAAUAGGAGAUCAAGAAUUUGAUUCAUUGCCUGCUUUACUGGAAUUCUACAAAAUACACUAUUUGGACACUACAACACUGAUAGAACCAGUUUCCAGAUCAAGGCAGGGUAGUGGAGUGAUUCUCAGGCAGGAGGAGGCAGAGUAUGUGCGGGCCCUCUUUGACUUUAAUGGGAAUGAUGAAGAAGAUCUUCCCUUUAAGAAAGGAGACAUCCUGAGAAUCCGGGAUAAGCCUGAAGAGCAGUGGUGGAAUGCAGAGGACAGCGAAGGAAAGAGGGGGAUGAUUCCUGUCCCUUACGUGGAGAAGUAUAGACCCGCCUCCGCCUCAGUAUCGGCUCUGAUUGGAGGUCGGUGAGCUGGUAAAGGUUACGAAGAUUAAUGUGAGUGGUCAGUGGGAAGGGGAGUGUAAUGGCAAACGAGGUCACUUCCCAUUCACACAUGUCCGUCUGCUGGAUCAACAGAAUCCCGAGGAGGACUUCAGCUGAGUAUAGCUCAACACUUUGCUGACAGAUGGGAACAAUCUGUUUUCCACCCCCAAUUGCCAUCUAUACAAUUUUCUUACAGGUGUCAAAGCAGUCUAGUUUAUAUAAGCAUCCUGUUGCCUGUGAUCUUUUUAAGACUGAAUUACUCCAUUUCAACUUGUAUUUACCAUAUCCAGGGUACGAAGCCAGAGGGCUUGUGUGGUUAACUUCUGAGCUGGCAGUUAUAGGUGGUAGUGGCCGUGCCUGUAUGAGAAGACGUAAAUACAUUGCCUCCUUUCUCUUGGGCAAAACAGAUCAACCUGUGGAAAGCUGAUGGGCAGGAAAAGAAUGUUACACACUGCUGACCCUGAUUUCUUCAGAGGUUCUGUUUUCAUUCUGAAUCCAUGGUGUCAAACGGCAGCAGACUGUCCCCCACUCCCAUGAAGUAACCAUGCACUGUGUGAAUAUUACCCAGUGGGAUGGCAUUUGUGUUUAUGGACCAUGACCAGUGUAUGACUCAUUCUGACAUUUCAAAUCCUGAGGAUUCUGAGAACACUACUAGAGGCAUUUGUCUUCCUUGGAUUUUUUUUCUUGGAUUCUUUCCUUGUUGUUCUCCUCCCCUGUACCUGUAAGUGGCUUGAUUCUUAGGAUAGUGUAUAUCUUCAUUCCAGAUGAGAAGCAGGAUGUGCAGAGCACUUUAUUCAGUGCAUAGCUUUAAGCCAGUAUUGGAUUCACUCAGUGGAUAAACUCCCAGCUCUCUGCCUUCCUCCAAGGGGGCAUCGUAGGUUCACACUGCUACCACAGCCUAAGACUCUCCUUACUGAUGGGACGAUCUGGCAGGGCCAUUUUUCCUGAUUGCUUGUCCUAAUGGGAUGCUUAGAGUUCUCAGAUUCUACUUGGAGUGGAAGGACCAAUCACUUACUUAUCCUAUAGAAGGUAUCAAGGGCCAAACUUUGCCCUCUGCAUCAUGUGUAAGUUGUAUAAAGGGCGGGUUAGAAUUCUAUGCAUUUGGGGUAGGAUUGGUACUUUCAAAACUGUUCGGUCGUAAAUUCUGUAUCAUUUUACAUGGCCAAGAUAGUUAUUAUAUCGCCUUCAUUUGGCUUCUCCUUGGUCCACACUUAGUUUACAAGCCCCUUAAAGUAUAGAAUGAUGUAUAUGGGGUCAGAUGCUCCAGAGACAGGCCUCUGAGGCCACAAAUUAUAGGAUUUCUUUAGACUGUAACAUGAGACUUUCAGGUGACGAAGACACUUGCUGGUCUCUGGUGUAGGUGACCAAUAGAAACACCUUAUUCUUCGCUUUGAACCUCAUUUUAGAAAAAUAUUUACCUUCUUACAUUAGGUUAACUUGAUGAAUUUGUAUUCAUUGAACAUACACCAAAUCAUGUAAUUGCAGUGACAAGCGCAUUGCUUAGCACGUGUGUGUGUAGAAGAUUUCGUAUGGAAGAACGAGCAGAGUGCAGAAGCUUGUUAAUGGCCCAGGGACACCAGUUGGCCUAGGAUAGCAGACAUUAAAUCACCACAGGCAGACCCAAUGAGAUGAUGCUAAUUUAAUACACUUUUACCUCACUCUAAGGUAAAUGCUUGAUAACAACAGUGAUACUCACCUUUGGAGAUGUUGGCCCAGUACGGAGCUCAUAAUAGGUGCUCAUUGAUACUGAAUGGACAGAUUUGUAGCACGUGACAUAUGCCACCUGACUACUUGUUUCAGUUUUCAGUUAGCAUAGAUUCUGUAAAUCCAAAUGCACAUUAAAUCCUGUUCCUAAGCCAGGUGUGACAGCCAACGCCUUUAGUCCCAGCCCUUGGGAGACAAAGGCAAGUGGCCCUCUGCGUUCAAGACCAGCCUGGUCCACAGAGCUACUUCCAGGGCACUCGGAGUUACACAGUGAGACCUUGUUUCAAAAACUGAAAAUAAAUUUUAAAAAAAUCUGUUCCUGAAAUUACGGCAUCUAAAACAUUUGUCACAGCUGAUUUGAAUGUCGUGUUUUCUUUUGCCUUUGCCUGUGAUGCUGGCUUGUAUUGUCUCUUCGGUAUGUGUGUGGUGAUGGGCAUGCAGCUCUACGUGAACCAUAAGGACCCCCCGGUGAUUAGCUGCUCAGAGCCAUUACGUGAACGGUUUGGUUGGAUUUGGCUGGGUGUAGCAGUUACUGAACCUCGAGAUCAAAGGACUUCUUACAUACAUCUCCCGAACAGCAAGUGCCGUAACCCUCGUCGGAUGCAUAAGUACAUUGUCACAGAGCAAAGUGAACUGAAAUCGGCUGCUAUGUUUUAUAUAAUCACUUCUGCAAGAGCCCAUUUUUGGAUACUAAUAUUUGACAUGGUUAAUUCUUAUUAAUUUGUUGGAAUUGUUUAUUAAUAAUACAAAUAGGUAAUUUUAAUUUUCCACAAGUAACAUUUCACUAUUAAUGGUUUGAAAUGGGUGAUAAGCAAACCAAUUUGAAAUAAAAUAUGAACAUGUGCCAUUGUAUUAUAACACUAUACACUUUCUUGACAGUUUAAGUAAAUUUAAAAAAAAUUUUUUUUUGUAGCAUGUAUUGUAUAUGUUUAUAGUAUAUGUAGUAAAUAAAAGUAUGGCCAAAUGUUUGGCUUGGUGAUCUUUUGGAGAAAGUAAUCUUGGAAUAUUUUUCACAAAAGUGAGUUUUUGUGUUUUAAGGACUAGAAGGUGUGUAUCUCAACUGUCCGUUAGUAGUCACGUAAACUGUUACAUACAUGGUGGGUAUGCUAUGGGAUCGCUGGGAAGUAUGACACUACUGUGAGGGGACAUGAUGAGAGUCAUAUAUACGGAAUAUAAAGGAAGCAUGUUGUGAACAGAGAACUCCAGACUUGCCUGGAAUGGGUCUCUGUGAGUGUAAGAAGAUGACCGUGUGAUAGGGAAUUCUGUAAACUUUAGACAGCAGGGUGUUAGAAUGCUGGUGCAGAUAUGCCAUUAAUUUCUCCUUUUUAAUGUAAGUUGCAAACGCUCAGGGAAAGUUAGAGGGGUAAGAACAGCAGCAGAGAUGGGACAUUUCUGUAUGUUCGUGCCGCCAUCCCCAGUGUGGAUGUGUGCUCCACACUGACACUUAACUCUAGUAUUGAGAGUAUAGUGGACGUUUCAAAGUACUGUGGCCUGUACUAAUUAUUAUUCCAGUACUUCUGAAGCUGUGGGAUUCCUUGAACCCAGGAGUUCAAGAUCAGCUUGGGAACUUAGCAAGACCCCUCUCUACUAAAUACCUAACAGACAAAUUUUAUCUAUUAUUGCCUAUAUGAUCCUCUGCCUUAGUCUCAAACCCAACCUCAUAGUUGCUGCCAUAGAUGUAGACGUAUAUUAGUGUAGAGCUGAGUAAAGCUGACACCUCGGGGGGAUCCAACUGUUGCCAUAUGCAGGGUUGACAGCAAGGUGGAAAGUGUAUUCCAGCUUUUGACAAUAAACUGUCC